GGCCACUAGGUGUAGGGAUAUGAUCUAUUGUAUGACUACUAUGGCCACUAGGUGUAGGGAUACGCUCUAUUGUAUGACUACUAUGGCCACUAGGUGUAGGGAUACGCUCUAUUGUAUGACUACUAUGGCCACUAGGUGUAGGGAUAUGAUCUAUUGUAUGACUACUAUGGCCACUAGGUGUAGGGAUACGCUCUAUUGUAUGACUACUAUGGCCACUAGGUGUAGUGAUGUGAUCUAUUGUAUGACUACUAUGGCCACUAGGUGUAGGGAUAUGAUCUAUUGUAUGACUACUAUGGCUCCUAGGUGUAGGGAUAUGAUCUAUUGUAUGACUACUAUGGCUCUUAGGUGUAGGGAUACGCUCUAUUGUAUGACUACUAUGGCAACUUGGUGUAGGGAUAUACUCUAUUGUAUGACUAAUGUGAGCCUUUUGUGUAGCGAUAUGUUCUAUUGUAUGACUAAAAUGGGGAUUAUAUGUAGAGAUAUGUUCUAGUGUAUGACUACGUAUGAUGCUAUGCAAUAAAUCACUCUAAAGGUUUCUAAAUUUUUACACUCAAAUAAAUUGCUUGAAAUUUUUCCAAAUAAUUUUCUAUUCAAAAUAUGCUGUCAGCAAUGUUCCCUUUAAGCUGCGCGGCUGCGCGGCAGCGCAGCAAUCUCACAGAUGCCGCGCAGCAGUUUUUAGUACCGCGCAGUUAAUUUACACUUAAGUGUGUUUUUGUGUCUUUAAUCUGAAAAUUUUGCGCACAAAAAAAAUUGAUGCUGUAAAAAUUUGCACACAACUUUAUUAUUUUGCACAUGAACCAACAAACCAUAGAGGGACAUUGGCUGUCAGUCCCAAUAGGCAUUGAAACUGCAGAAAACGGUUUUCUUAGCUAAAAUUAAUGCCUGAUUCUUUCCCUUAUGGCUCUUUUGUUUACAAGGUUUGCCUAUCCCUGGCCAUCUGACACCGGAAAGUCUCCCAUCUUUGCCUAUCCCUGACCUAUGCCACCUGACACAGGAAAGUCUCCCAUCUUUGCCUAUCCCUGGCCUAUGCCACCUGACACAGGAAAGUCUCCCAUCUUUGCCUAUCCCUGGCCUAUACCACCUGACACAGGAAAAUCUCCCAUCUUUGCCUGUCCUUGGUCUAUGCCUGCCAUCUGACACGGGAAAGUCUCCCAUCUUUGCCUAUCCCUGGCCUAUGCCAUCUGACACAGCAAAAUCUCCGAUCUUUGCCUAUCCCUGGCCUAUGCCACCUGACACAUGAAAGUGUCAUAUAAACAUUGAUUCAUUUGUGGUCAAAUUCAAUAAUUGUAUUUUCAGAAUUCUGAAUAUCUUGUGUUUGUUACAGUUACAAAUUUUAUAUAAAAGUGAUGUUCAUAUCCCACAUACGACAGUUUCAUGUUUUAUAUAAAAGUGAUGGUAAUCUCAAACCUACGAUAGCUUACUGUUUUAUAUAAAAUCCAUAGCCACGUUGUCAUUUCAUCUUCAAAUGGCUUUCAUAGCCACGUUGUCAUUUCAUCUUCAAAUGGCUUUCAUAGCCACGUUGUCAUUGGUUUCACGUUUAUUUUGCAGGUUCGGCUCCAAAAGACGAGGUAAGAGAACAGGUGUCAUCUUUAACAAUGACAUGGAUGACUUCAGCUCACCACAUGUCAUCAAUGAAUGGGGACUUUCUCCGUCUAAAGCAAACGCCAUCGUCCCCAGGAAACGUCCCCUCUCUUCCAUGUGUCCUUGCAUUUUUGUAGACCAUCAUGGGAAAGUUGUUCUAAUUUUAGGAGCGGCUGGAGGGUCAAAGAUUACAACUGCAACAGCAUGGGUCAGU